AUUGCAAGAUGGCGGAGAGUGCGGAAUUGAAGCAAAUGGUGAUGAGCCUGCGCGUGUCAGAGCUGCAGGUUCUGCUAGGUUACGCGGGCCGCAACAAACACGGGCGAAAACAUGAGCUCUUAACCAUGGCCCUGCAUCUCCUGAAAGCCGGCUGCAGCCCCGCCGUGCAGAUGAAGAUCAAGGAACUGUACUGCAGACGCUUCCCCACCAAGAUGGGCUCUCCCUCAGAGCUGGUCCUGCCCGGACCACACUACCCUGCCUCGGGAGGAGGGGCCGGAGGAGGGGGCACCGCCGCCCUGCCUGCCGGCCUCAGCCAGCUGGCGUAUGAGGGCCACGGGCACGGGGGAGUACCCUCGCCGGCCGCCCUGCUGCCCAUCUCGUUGCUGGGGCCUGGCAAGCACGAGCUCAGCGGGCUGGCGCACCACCUGCCCACCUCGGCCACCCUGCAUCCGGUGCACCCAGACGUCAAGCUGCAGAGGCUGCCCUUCUACGAUAUGCUGGACGAGCUCAUCAAGCCCACCAGUCUAGCAUCGGACAACAGCCAGCGGUUUCAGGAAACGUGUUUUGCGUUCGCACUAACGCCGCAGCAAGUCCAACAGAUUAGCAGCUCAAUCAGUGAUGGCUGCCAGGCUGGGAACAGCCACCACUCUGAACUACUACCAGGAACCAUGCAGCAGCAGUGUGUGUGUCGCUGCAGCAAGAGCUCUGGAAUGUGUUAA